AAUAAUUACAAUUAGGCAUAAAAGGAGCACUGGCAGGCUGCUCUCCUAAAACCCUAACCCCUAUAAUGUCUCUUAACAACCUUGUUCGUAAUGCUUCAAGACUUGUACCUUUCGCCAUCCGCGCUCCCGCCGGAACUCGAUGGUGCUCCCACCGCCACUACACUUCAGCGCUCUCCGCCACCGUUAACGGCUGCCUGAAGGACCUCCCAUUUCCGAGGUCAUUGCCGUCUUUUCUCCACCACUAUUCCACCGAGAUUAGUCCCGACGAGUCGCUACUCAACAACGUCAACUACGAGAUUGAAUGCGCCAACGAAUCUCUCUUUGCGGCCGAGGCCGAGGAGGAAGUACCAGAGGGCUUCCCUUUUAAAAUUGAAAACCAUGUUGGAACAGAAACAAUAAAGCUGACCAGAGAGUAUCAAGGUGAAACCGUAAGUGUCGAAGUUUACAUGCCCAACCUUGUUACCGGUGAUGAGGAAGAGGGGGACGACCCAAACCAAUCUCAACUCCCGUUGAUUGUCAAAACCUCCAAGAGGGGUGGACCUUAUCUUGAGUUUGGUUGCACUGCUUGUCCUGAUGAGAUUGUGAUUGACAGCUUGUCGGUUAAAGAUCCCGAAAACUCUGAGGACCAAAUUGCUUAUGAGGGGCCUGACUUUACGGAUUUGGAUGAGAAUUUGCAGAAGGGUCUCCACCGGUAUCUGGAGAUUAGAGGGGUCAAGGCCAGCACAACCAAUUUCUUGCACGGGUAUAUGAUUGACAAGGACACCAGAGAAUAUGUAGAGUGGCUGAAGAAACUCCACAAGUUUCUCCAGGCAUAAGGUGGUGUGGAGAUGGAGAAACUUUGGUGGAAUAAUUUUGCUAAGCGGUUUCUGUGUUACACAUGGAUUCAGCUCCCACUAGAAAUUAGGAAAACUUUGUUCAUACAACUUUGAUAGCAUUCAUUCUCUAUGCAAUUCAGGUGCGAUGAUCUCCUACUUCCCAUUUAUUUAUUUCUUCUUAAUCCAUAAUUCAUCAAAUAAUUCAACUUAA